AUGGCACCAAGCAUUGUCUCCGAUAUUGAGCUGCCUAGGGACAUCCCCGAGUCUAGGCAAUCAGCUGCCAAUGUUCCUAUCGAAAAGGCUUUUGGCUUGAAGAAUAGGACCAUCAUAAUUACAGGCGCUGGUCGCGGGCUUGGUAUCACACUCGCUGUUGCUGUCCUCGAGUCUGGCGCCGAUGCAGUAUGCCUGGAUAUUCUUCCUGAGCCCAGCACCGAAGAGUGGGAUGUCAUUACCAAGCUUCAAAAGAGCACUGGAGUACUUGCAGAAUACCACAACUGCGACAUUACGAACGAGGAAGCCGUUGAGAAAGUUGUCGCAGAGUGCGGCGAGAAAGCUCGACAACGAGGAAAGCCUGUGAAAGGCAUGAUCUCGUGCGCCGGCAUUCAGCAGAUGGUCGACGCUAUCGACUAUCCUAUGGAUGGAUUCCGUAAAAUCAUGGAUGUCAACGUCGCCGGAAGUUUCCUCAUAUCGAAGUACACUGCUCGUCUGCUUCGCGACCAGAAGCUUGGUGGUAGCAUUGUCUUGAUCGCAUCCAUGUCUGGUCAGAUCGCCAACCGUGGCUUGCAUUGUUCGGCCUACAACACCAGUAAAGCCGCUGUACACCAGAUGAGCCGAUCUCUCGCUUACGAGUUCGGUCAAUGGGGCAUUAGAGUCAACACCUUGUCUCCUGGUUACAUCCGUACUGCUAUGACAGACGGCCUGUUGCAGGAGAAGCCUGAAGUUGAAGAGUCGUGGAUGAGAGGAGCGCUUCUAGGAAGACUGGGCGCACCUGAGGAUUUCAAAGCUCCAUGCGUCUUUCUCCUGGCAGAUGGGAGCUCUUGGAUGACUGGUGCCGAUUUGAGAGUUGAUGGCGGCCACUGUGCGACUGCGUAA